UCCCAGCGUGUCUAUUCUAUAACUGGUCUAAGGUUUUGCCGUGUGGUGGUGUGAUUAUUUAUUUUUAUAGGUUAACUUCGUCUUGAAUAAAUUUGCGCACGUGUUUUAUAAAAUAGAAUAAUGGCAAAAUUUAAACAUAGAAUUAGAUGUAAAGGUAAAAAAUGGAAGAAAGGAAGUAGCUCCAGCUCGAAUCCAUCAACUACUACUUAUCGUGAUAAAGCCAGGUCAUUUUUCUUCCAAGAUAACGUGGGAAGUGAGAGUCUUUUGACGACAGAGGCCUUGAAGCAGCAUGACUCGUUCGUUCAGUCGUCGGUCAAUAGACCGAAGCCAAUGGAGCAAGACGAAGAGGAUGAUGUGGUGUCUCUGUCAGCUUCCAGUUGUAGGACCACUGAUACCUUUGCCACUGACUUCAGCGGAUGUACCAACGUCUCAUACAGCAAGCUGCUGAAUUCAUUUGAUCCAAGCUCGGCCAUUCAAAAGGAGAAACUGGCAGUACUGGCUGCUAUAUCUGAAGUUAUCAAAAGCAAUGGUGGAACUGAGAAUAACACUGAGUACUAUGGAGCAUUGAUGACAAUGUUGGAGAACACGGAGUGCGAAGAGAUGUCGGUGGCAGCUGUUCUGUCUCUGCUAGCCAUGGGCAUCAAGAGUGUGCCUCAGGCCGUUUUGAAUCAGACAUUUUCGCAGAGCUGUAAAAUACUCAUCGACGUACUUGCCAAGAAUGCCGAAUCAAAUAAUAACACAAUUUACAGAGGAGCAUUGGCUUGUUUGUCAGUUCUUCUGAGAAAUCAGCCGUUUCACGUAUGGAAAGAUUCCUCUACUAUCAAAGUAUUCGAUACAGUUCUAAUGUUCACGACUCAUUCAAAACCAAAGGUGAGGAAAGCGGCACAGAACGCAGUGAGCGCCGUUCUGCGUGCGAGUGCAUUUUUGCUGAGUCAGCCGGUGGAGGGGCAGGGUCAGGGGCAGGCUCACCCAGGGGCGGCGGUGGCGGCCGAAUUCUGCUGUCGGCAAAUUGACAACAAUGGCACCCUGAACACAUCCAUCACCAGCACACUGCACAUACUUGGCCUGCUCAAGGACAUCAUGUGCACCUUUCCCAAGAAGCACUUGAAGUUGGCGUGCGAAACGGUGCUGAAAGUGAUGACAGUUGGGAACGUGGUGGUGACGAGCUGCGGUCUGCAGGCGCUGCACGGUCUGUUUGUGGCUGCAGGGGGUGCAGCAGGUGGGGGACUGUCGGCAGAGCUGAACGCCCAGUUGGUGACUGCGUUGUACGACUACCAGCCCCCCGCCACCGACGCACAGCCCACCCAGGCCUGGCUUGCCGUAAUGCAGCAGGCGCAUGCCGCCCUCGCCAGAUCGAACCUAUCACUGUGCAUGCAGCACUUGCCACGCCUGCUGUCGACGGCAGUCGCUCUGUGGCUGUCAGCGAGGCCUGACGUUAUGAAUGCGGCCACCCUCACCAUCAAGGCCUGUCUCGAGGAUUGCGUGGCGCCGGCCGCGGCCACCCUGGCGCCGGUCGCUGCCGACAUUGACAAGGUCGUCCAGCUCAUGCGGUCCACGCUCACCUACAAGUACCACGGCGUCUGGUCGCAUGUGCUGCAUCUCUUCGGCGUACUUUUCAAGGCUUGUGGUAAAAGCUGCAGUAAGGCGCUGUUGCCUUGCCUGAAAGAGCUGGCAGAGCUGCGUGAUUCGGCCGUAUUCGCCUACAUGAACGAACUCGACUACUGUCUCGGAAUGGCCGUACGAAGUCUGGGGCCUGAACUAGUUCUGCUAGCUAUUCCCCUUCAGUUCACAGGCAAGAAUAUUGAGGAUGAAUUCAAACGAAGCUGGCUGCUGCCUGUGCUCAGAGAGAACGUGCAGUUGUCUACAUUGAAAUGUUUCAUCGAUAACUUUCUGCCAAUUGCUGUUGAAUGCAGAAACAAAUCAGAGGAAUUGAAAAACGUAGACAACAAAUCGAACGCAGUCAGCUACGAUUUGCUGCAGUCGCAGAUCUGGAGCCUGCUGCCCAGCUUCUGUUCGCAUGCCAUUGACAUCACCGACAGUUUCUCGAGGAUCGCCAAAGCACUUGGUUCAAUACUGGGAUCACGGAAAGAUCUUCGAAUUGCAGUGAUGGCAGCACUGCGUAAGCUCAUUGUGAGUGUGAAGGACACCAACAACGUGGCGGACGCCAAAGAGAUCGCAAAGUACGCCAAAAACUAUCUGCCCAUCCUGUUCAACAUCUACACAACACCGCCAGUCGGAUCGGAAGAGGCUGGCAUUAGGUUGGCUGCACUGGAAACGAUCAAAGUCUACUUAACGCUGGCUGACACUAGUCUCUGUUCGGAAAUGUUCGAGAAAGCCAUGUUGAAAUUGUCAAGUGAUGGACUGGAAGCGUUUGUUAAGGAGAGUGUGUUGGACUUGGUGAGAGCGUUACUGCCCUUCCAAACUGUAGACUCUAUAAAUGCGUUGUACAAUAGUACGGUAGCCAAUAUACAGCAGGUGAACGAUCACAAGGAGGAGAAAAAGUAUUUCAGGUGUUUGGAAGAGAUCUGUAGAUCGGAAACUGAAGGAUGCACCGGGUUUUUGAUAGGAAGAUUCAACGAGGUCAACCAGUUGCUAUUAACUUCUUUGUCGUCCACCUCCCCAAGUAGUCGAGGGCCACGUCUGCGUUGUCUGUUGUAUUUACUGGAACGAAAACAACUGCCUUCGGAUGAUCUGGAGAAACUGAUAGGUGAAAGCGUAGCAGAGGCUGUGGUUUGUUGUCUGGACAUCAACUCGCGAUGUCGGGCUACCGCCUAUGACGUCAUUAACAAAAUGGCUGACCGUUGUUUGGAGGCGGGAACUUUCGACAAGUUUUUGGAGAUUGUCCUCUCGGGACUGGCUAGUUCACCACGUGUCAUCAGUGCCACACUCUUAGCGCUAGCUUCGAUCACCUACAACUGUAAGCAAGCUAUCACUGAAGAUGUGUUGAAAUGUUUGUUGAGCAAUGUGUUCCUCUUGGUUUGUUCUUCAACACGUGAGAUUGUGCGCUCGGCGUUGAGCUACAUCAAGCUCUAUAUCACUUCGUUCAGUCAGGAUUCAAUAGCCAGUCACGUCUCAGCGUUAAUCACAGCAUUGUCUAACAUGACAGACGAUUGUAAACGUCAUUUCCGUUUGAAAACUCGAGACAUCCUAGCUAGAUUGGUGAGGUGGUACGGGGCUGAUAGUGUGAUGUCUCUGAUACCAGCUGGUGACACUGUAAUGAUGGCGCGGGUGCGCAAUUUGAAGAAGAUACAAAGCCGCAAGAAGAAAUCUCGUGAACAGGAGUUGGAGGCUAAGAAACAGAAAGCGGACGAUCUGGAAUUUUUCGUCAACAAGAAACCGAAGAGCAUUGAUGAGAUUCUUGCCGAAUCUGAUUCGGAUAUGGAUGAUGAUUUGGACGAUGUAGCCUCCAGGAAAUCAAAUAAGGCUGGCGGUGGAGCAGUUAUGAAGAAAGCCCCGAAAGCCUGGAUACAGGAGAACGCCGAUAGUUUUAUGGAUUUCACGUCAUCCGACGCUAAUCGGAAAAUCACAACUUCGAAACCAACCGAUGGAGGAGGAUUGAUGGCGGGGAAAGUAGCGGUGAAAGCUGUGGACAAGAAUAGAGGCUUCAAAACUGCUCCCGAUGGAAGACUGAUUAUAAAAGAUGAUGACAAUGAUGAGGGAGGUGCGGAAAGGAGGAGGUUCACAAUACCAGGACUGGAUUCGGAGGAUGAUGAUAGUGAUUUAGAUGAUGCGAAAAGUUUUGUGAGUGGGAAAAGUUUGGGAAAAAGUGUCCCGGGCAGGAAGAGAAAGAUGAGUGUCUCGUCAGAGGUGUCUUCCUUACCACCGAUUAAAUACCAAGCGGGAGGUUCGGGUAUUCACAGACCGAUUAGUAGCGGCAAAUCGGAUGGAAAGAUGUCGAUGACAAAGACUAAGACGAAAGAAGCGGGCGUUGAGUACAGGUCGAAAAAAGCGAAGGGAGAUGUGAAGAGGAAGGGAAUGCCUGAUCCGUAUGCCUACCUGCCUCUGCAACGGUCCAGCCUCAACAGGAGGAAGAAGAUGAAGGCAGCAGGUCAGUUCAGGAGUAUUGUCAGCGGUGCCAGAAAGGGAGCCAAAAUCGGCGCCAAGAAGAGAGUCAAAAUGGGCAAGUAGCCAUCAUUAUCGGUGUUGUAUUAUAGGUUUUAAAAGUGCUUAUUAAAAAAUGUAUAGUUCAA